AUGUCCCUGGCAGACAUGCUUGAUUCAGUAGGGUUGUUAAUGGAGGGCCAUUUGUACGCCUCCUCAUCCUCCCAGAAGGCAUCCGGUUCUAAGGAUGUUGACUCCUCAGAGUCUGAUUGUUGGACGGUUUCAUCACUGCCAAUGUCCUCAGACUCCUCCAAAAUGUCAUCGUUGGGUGUGCUAGAUGGUUUGAUAAAUGAAUCUGAGCUUGAGAAGUUGCUUGAAACUGUCAAAACCAUCAAGAAUUUCCUCCUGGAUGCUGACUCCAAGUGCCAGAAGCUCACAAAUGAAGGCCAAUACUGGGUCCAGAACCUCAAGGACGCUGUCUAUGACGCCGAUGAUCUGAUGAAUGAAUUCAACACCAUUGCUCAUCAGUUGAAAAGAAUGCCUGGUGGUAAGAUUUUGAAGAAGGUACGCCGGUUCUUCUCCUCUAAUAACCAGCUGAUAUUUGCUGUUAAUAAGUCAAAAGAGAUUAAGAAUCUUAGGGAGAAGUUGGAUAGGUUGGCUAAAAACCAUAGUGAUUUUGGGUUUAGUGAGCUGUAUAAGCCUGUGAAGAUUAGAGAAGAAACAUGUUUGUAUGUGUAUGAACAGGAUAUUAUUGGGAGGGAUGCUGACAAGGAGGCCAUUGUGGAUAUGUUGUUAAAAGAUGAUGUCUUGGAGAAUAAUAUAUCUUUUGUUACUAUUGUGGGGAUUGGAGGGUUGGGAAAAACUGCUCUUGCCCAACUUGUGUUUAGUGAUCAUAGGAUUAAAGAAGCAUUCCAAGAAAAUAUGUACUGGGUUUGUGUGUCUCUAAAUUUUGACACGAAAGAUAUCCUAGGUAAGAUGAUUGGGAGGAAUGAGCUAGGAUUUGAGGACCUGCACAAAGUAGUUCGAAAUAAGAUAGAAGGGAAAAGAUUUUUGCUUGUUUUAGAUGAUGUUUGGUAUGAGAACGGUAGAAAAUGGGAUGAGUUGAAGAACUUCUUGAUUUUAGGUGGAAGGGGAAGUAGGAUAUUGGUGACUAGCCGCUCCAGAAAGGUUGCAAGAGCUAUUGGAAACUAUCCAAUUCAUGAGUUACCAGGUUUAUCGGCAGUGGAUUCUUGGGAAUUGUUCAAGAAAAUAUCAGUUGGAGAUAGGGAAGACGAAGCAGUCACUGGCCUUGUUGAGAUAGGAAGAGAUAUUGUGAAAAAAUGUGCCAAUGUGCCUCUCUCCAUAAGGGUGGUAGCCAGUUUGUUGCGUUUUCAAGAUAUAGCAACUUGGCAGUCGUUCAAAAGUAAUCAAUUGGCUAACAUGUGUGCUGGUGAGGAUAGCAUAAUGCCAACAUUGAUGUUUAGCUAUUAUCACCUUACUCCUGAGUUAAAAAGUUGUUUUAGCUUUUGCUCACUUUUCCCUGAGGACUAUGUCAUUGAUAAAACAUUGUUGAUUUUUCUCUGGAUGGCACAAGGAUAUCUUGUUCCAAGUGCUAAAAAUGAGAGCAUGGAAGAUGUCGGUGAAAAAUAUAUAUCAAUUUUAUUGCAUAGAUGUUUUUUCCAAGACAUUAGAAGGGACAAUAUUGGUGAAGUUUAUUCAUUUAAGAUGCAUGAUCUCAUGCAUGAGCUUGCGAGAAAUGUUGCAGCAAAAGAGUCCUUGACAUUGACAGCUUGUACAAAUGAUUUUGAAGGGAAAGUUCGUCAUCUAUACAUUGACUGUAAUGAGGGUCUGACUACCUGGUUUCACUCAAGUAAUUGUUCAACUAAAACAUUACGUACCUUUUUGAAGUAUUCCGUAUCCACAACUAGUGAUGUGGAUGCAAUUAUUUCAAAUUGUAGUCGUUUAGGGAUGGAUUACUAA